AUGGCAACAGGGACACCUUUGGCUUCCAGCGUGUCGUCGUUCUCAAAAUCAACAUCAGCAUCAUCAUCGCAUUCAGCACAAACAACAGCAGUAGAUGCUGUCACAAAUACAUUAGUUUAUCUAUUCAAGAGGGCAGAGGACAUUAAUAACCAGAUUACAAAAUUCACAGCUCAUGAAUCCCUUGUACAGCGAAUUGUGGCAAUAUCGUCAUCUUGCGCAUCGAUUGCGGCAGUGGUGACUGCACUAUAUUUCUUACUAGCGAUAGAUCCUAAGCGGCUUGUUUUUCGCCAUCAACUAAUAUCCUUCUUACUUUUAUUUGAUUUGCUAAAGGCGGUGAUUUUAUUGAUUUAUCCUAGUAGAGUAUUGACACAUUCAGUUUCGUAUUACAAUCGAAGGUUUUGUCAAGUCGUGGGGUUUUUCACAGCAACAUCGAUUGAAGGGGCAGAUAUAGCAAUCUUUGCGUUUGCUUUACAUACAUUUUUGCUAAUCUUCAAGCCAUCAUUGAAUACGAGACUGGCUCAUUCAAAUCGCGUUGAAGGUGGUUUGUACAAAAUGAGGUACUUGGUGUAUGCAUUGUCGGUGUUGAUUCCGUUAAUAUUGGCUAGUUUGGCAUUCAUCAAUGCAAAGGGAUAUGAUCUGUUAGUUUGCUGGUGCUAUUUGCCCAUGAGACCUGUCUGGUACAGGUUGGUUUUGAGUUGGGUUCCCCGUUGGUGUAUUGUUGUGUCAAUUUUCGUAUUCUAUGGCUUGAUUUACAUCCGUGUCGUUAGGGAGUUCAAGUCUUUGGGCGGGGCUUUCACAAAUAUUCACCAAAGAAAUGCUGGCCAUUUUAGUAACGAAACACCCACUUUUUUCGCCUCGUUAAAGUUCUUUUUUGGCUCGAUUAAGGAUCACUUAUUUCCAAAAAUGUUGAUACCAGAAGAGUCUGUACGUACAGGGAAGCUGGCCACUAAUCCUAGCCACAUUGAGCAUGGAAAUUUCACAAGGAAUGAACUGGAUUCGGAUGAGGUUGACGAUUUGGAAGAGUUGGCUGAUGAUUACACCGAUUCGUCCAUCAAAGAUGUCAAUUUGCAACAUUUUGAAAGGCGUCAAAAAGUUAUUCAAAAGCAGAUGAAGUCGAUUUUCAUUUACCCCUUUGCAUAUUGUUUUGUUUGGUUGUUUCCAUUCAUUUUACAAGCAACUCAGUUCAACUAUGAAGAGGCACACAGUCCUGUUUACUGGUUGAAUGUUUUGGGUGCGUUUAUGCAGCCAUUCAAUGGGGUGGUUGAUGCAACUGUGUUUUUUGUUCGUGAGAAGCCCUGGAGAAAUACUGCUAUGCGAAACUUUGAAAAGGAACAUCGACACCGAGUUGACAAUAUCAUUCAGAAUAGUGUUGAACAGCACCGAUACAGCAAUGUACCGUUCACCAACAAUCAAGAGACAAGUGAACGCAUUGCACGAAAUUCAGUUAGUGCUAGCACAGUAUUAGUGAACAUCAAUGACUACAAGUAUUGGAGACGACUUUUGAAUGAUUGGAAGUUUCCAUUGUUUCAGCUACCGACGGAGGAAAAUAUAUUUCGAGUUCAAGACAAGUACAUUUGUAAGAAGUUGAAGGAGAGAGAAGAAAAUGGGGACUUCAACCAGCUAAACCCCCAACAACCAAAGGGAACAAAAGUUAACUAUACAAUGAAUGAAAAGCAAAAUAGCACAACCAGUAAUGAUGACAGUGAGUUGAAUUUCCCACCACAAAUUCAUGAAAAAUAUGCUUCACAUAAUUUUGCACCUGGCUCCAGUGCUGGUACAGUUCCGACGAUAAACCUACCUCAAAGACGUAAAACCAGUGUUCCUAUCUUCAAUUCCAAUUUACAAGCCCCACCAUUGCCUAGUGAAGUAGAGACUGGAAAACAUGCAGGUGCCGAGGUAGGUGUCGAGGUAGGUGCCGAGGGAGAUGCAAAGGGAGAUGCAAAGGGAGAUGCAAAGGGAGAUGCAAAGGGAGAUGCAAAGGGAGAUGCAAAGGGAGAUGCAAAGGGAGAUGAGGAGAGUGAAUUGGACUUUAACCAAUUCUUAAAGUCUUAA